ACUAAGUGCAUGGACAGAACGCAAAUGCCCUUCGAAGGCCUGGAGAGUGGUGGUUUUACUAACUAGGGUUCAAUCCGCUAGGUGAAAAACAGCCGCAUUCGACCUUCGCAUCUUUUCACAGGUCAAGUGGUACAAAAACAAUCAAUAUUGAAUGAAAAACGCCCUUUCAUUUUCUGGCUCACCUCCGAACAGUUGGCUAACACCACCUUAAAAGACCACUCGUUUGCGGUUAACCAAAUGGUUUACCCGGUCUAGUCUUUGGCCUUAACCCGAAAGCUUUUCAUUUUACUUGUUUUCAUGCUUUGCGCAAUCGAGGGCAUCGUUUAUAUUCAUAGCCAUUUGGCAACAUCGCCCUGGUACUGUUUGAUGAGAAGAUGACUUCAUUCUCUGUGAUUCGGAAGAAGACCCCUUUUCAAAAGCAUAGAGAAGAAGAGGAGGCUAAGAAAAAGAGAGCAGAUGAAGAAGCAGCUCGCUUGUAUGAAGAGUUUGUGGAGUCUUUCAAGGCAGAUGAUGUACCCGGUGCCAAAGCAUUUGUACGGGGAGGAACUAUCAAUCCUGAUGAUCGGUCAAAGGCUGGAAAUGAAGGUUUGUGUGAAUAUUUAGUCAGAUCUUUUGUUGCCCUAUUGGUCUGUUUCCACCUUGUUAACAAAGGGGUUUUUUUUAUUUAUUUCAUAAUAACAGGCGUGUCAUCCAAAGAUGGGGCUUCUGGUUCAAAGAAAGGAAGCAGAUAUAUACCUUCAUUUAUACCUCCUGGUUUGGCAGCUGCAAGUGGUAAAUCGAAGGAUUUGGAGAAAAAGAAAGAAGAGGAGAAAACAAAGGAAAGGGAGAAAGGUAAGUCACGCAACAUAGAUCAUUUCAUGGAAGAAUUAAAGGCUGAGCAGGAGUUGAGGGAGAAAAGAAAUCAGGAACGUGGUCAUCGACAAAGAGAGGGCAGGCAAAUAGAUAACCCUUCAAGUCGUUUUGAUGAGCUCCCAGAUGAUCUUGAUCCAUUUGGAAAAUUGCCGGGAUCAAUUGAUGAUGGGGAUCCUCAGACAACUAAUCUUUAUGUUGGAAAUCUAGCUCCUCAGGUGGAUGAAAAUUUCCUUCUACGAACAUUUGGACGAUUUGGUCCCAUUGCUAGUGUUAAGAUAAUGUGGCCAAGAACUGAGGAGGAACGUAGAAGGCAACGCAAUUGUGGCUUUGUUGCAUUUAUGAAUAGGGAAGAUGCUCAAGCAGCCAAUGAUGAAAUGCAGGGUGUUGUAAUAUACGAUUAUGAACUAAGAAUUGGCUGGGGUAAAUCUGUGUCACUUCCAUCUCAGGCUCUUCCUGCUCCACCGCCAGGUCAAAUGGCUUUCAGAACUAAAGAGGGUGGUACAGUGGCUUGGUCGGGUUCUGGUGCUCCAACUCCUGUUGUCUCAAGUCAGGCUGCUGAGGUGGUUGUAACUCCCAAUGUUCCAGACAUAGAAGUGAUACCUCCUGAAGAUGAGCAUUUGCGUCAUGUAAUCGAUACAAUGGCUAUGUAUGUGCUUGAUGAUGGAUGCCCUUUUGAGCAAGCUAUCAUGGAAAGAGUACGAGGCAAUCAAUUGUUCGGGUUUUUAUUUGACCUUGGAUGUAAGGAGCAUACUUACUAUGUGUGGCGGCUAUAUUCAUUUGCUCAGGGGGAUACUCUUCAAAGGUGGCGAACAGAACCUUUCAUCAUGAUUACUGGAAGUGGGAGAUGGGUACCACCACCUUUACCACAACAAACACUUACAAAGAGUCCAGAACAUGAGAAAUCCUCAGCUGCAACUUACGCGGCUGGUAGAAGCAGAAGGCUGGAUCAGGAGCGUGCCUUAACAGAUAGCCAAAGAGAUGAAUUUGAAGACAUGCUGCGAGCUUUAACCUUGGAAAGAAGUCAGAUAAAAGAAGCUAUGGGGUUUGCCUUAGACAAUGCUGAUGCAGCUGGCGAGGUAGUUGAAGUACUUACAGAAUCCUUGACACUGAAGGAAACCCCCAUUCCAACCAAAGUGGCAAGGCUUAUGCUAGUUUCUGAUAUACUUCAUAACAGCAGUGCUCCUGUAAAAAAUGCAUCUGCAUACAGGACAAAGUUUGAAGCAACUUUACCUGACAUUAUGGAAAGCUUUAAUGACUUGUACAGAAACAUCACUGGCCGGAUAACUGCAGAAGCUCUGAAGGAGAGAGUGUUGAAAGCUCUCCAGGUCUGGUCAGACUGGUUUCUAUUUUCGGACACUUAUGUGAAUGGACUGAGAGCUACUUUUCUUCGGCCUGGAAAUUCAGGUGUACUUCCUUUUCAUUCAAUAUGUGGAGAUGCUCCUCCAGUAAAGGAUCCAUAUAAUUCAGAUAGUUCUGCUAUGGAGAUGGCAACAGUGGAACCAAAUCAAGAUGCUGCUCUUGCCAUGGGCGAAGGUGCAGCAACUCGGGAAUUGUCUAGUAUUCCUCUUGCAGAACUUGAAAGAAGAUGUAGACAUAAUGGCCUAUCAAUUCGGGGUGGUAGGGAGGUUAUGGUCACACGAUUGCUCAGCUUAGAUGAGGCAGAGAAGCUUGCUAGAGAAAAUGAUGGUUAUUUAAGACCAGAAGAGGGUAGGUGGGGCACAGGAGAGAGAAAAAUCAUCCAUGAAGAUGAUAGGGAGUAUAUGUCAAGGUCUAGGCAGAGUAUCUUGGGGACACGAGAAGAACAAUUGAUGAGUAAGACAAAUGCUGCUUUUGGAACAUCGCUGCAAACUCCUGUUACCUUGAACCCAAAGUUGACAAUUCCACAACCAGAGCUAAAACCUUUUACAAGCAAGAGUAUGGAUACACAUCCUGUUUUACAGGCUUCAAAGUGGACCCGUGAAGAUGAUGGAACUGAUGCAGAGGAUAAACCUGAAGUUAAGGACCUUGGCUUGAAUUACUCUUCUUCUGGUAGUGAGGAUAUAUUUGGGAGUUCUGGGAAUGAUGAGAAAAGAGAAGCAACUGCAGACAGCUAUGCUACUGCUAUUGGUGGUUCUGGAAUGGAUGAAGCACGCAGACAAAAGCUUCGCCAGUUAGAGGCUGUAAUCAUAGAAUAUCGUGAAUCACUUGAAGAGCGUGGGACUAGAAAUGCGGAAGAAAUUGAAAGAAAAGUUUCUGCCUAUAGAAAGAGAUUAGAAGCUGAGUAUGGGUUAACAGAUUCUUUGAAUGGAAAAGGCAACAAAUUAGGUUCUGGAAGCUACAGGCAUUCAUCUCGGAAGGCAGAGAGAACUUCUCUGGAACAGAAAGACAGGCGAGAUAAUAGUGGGGAUUCAUCUUCAAAGAAGCGUAGUCGCAGUCAGAACAGUAGCAAGAGUCCUUCACAUAGAUUAAUUAGAGACACGGAAAGGGAAAACAGCGAGAAGGGCUUUGAUGGGGACGGGGACCGAGAUCCUGAUUCAAAUUCUGUUCGUCGUGAACGAAAUCGUAGUAGAGAUAAGCAUCAUGAUUCUGAUGCCGAAAAAGGGAGGGAGAGGAGUGAAAGUAGGGAGUGUGACAACAAAGAAUGGGAUAGAGACAGAGACAGGGAGAAGAGCAAGGGAAGAGAGAGGGAUAGGGAUCAGAAUAGAGAGAGGGAUAGAGAUAGAGAGAAGAGGAGCAGAAGAAGCUAAUCUUCUUAACAUUUCUCUGGGGCUGAGAUAUCCUCAGAAAUUUUAUUUAUAAGGCUAUUAUAUCAUAAGUUUUCGGAGAGUGAUCUAUAUAAGAGUGUUUGCUUGUUUGUUUUCUCACUUUUGCAUUGAAGGUUUUGAUUUGAGUUGUAACCCCUAGCCUGCUUGAUUAAUGCAGAAUCCAGUUAUGGAAAUUGAAAUUUGUUGCAUUUCUUGUGUAAUAGAAUAUGAUUCUUGUGUGACAAACUUUGGAUCUUGUGUACAAAAAUAUAUCUUAGCAUAUUGUCUGGUCUUUAUAGGUGCUACUGAUAAUAUUUCUCUAGCACAGAAUAGACGAUAAUUUUCCUUAAGCCUCAAGGGCCUUUAUCAGCUUGCUUAAUGUUCCAAAGGACGAUUCAGAUUUCCAGGGUCUACACCAUGAACUAAUCUGAUAUAUACUUGCUUUACUUGGAGUCAUCAACAGCUAUAACUCAUUCUCAAAAAUUUAGUGCUGCUCAAUUGACCUAGGCACAAAAUGAGUGUGUAUGCUAAAGAAAGUCUGUUGUACAUUUGUCCAUAAUUGCAGGAGGCGCCAACAAUCAAUAUCAAUUACUUUCCUUGUU